CGCUCCACGCAGCGCCUCUGCCGCCGCGUCUCGACGUGUCACCGGCGGCGGGGCGGCUGUGGUAGGGGAAGGAACUGACUGGGGGAGUUCAAGGUGGUGGGCGGCUGCGACCCCAGCCUGGACUUGCCCCGACACGGAAGUGUCCCGGGGUCCGUGGGAAGCAGGAAAGGGAGGCGGCGGCCCGGCCCGCGCGGGGCACGAUGUUGAACAUGUGGAAGGUGCGGGAGCUGGUGGACAAAGCCACCAAUGUGGUUAUGAAUUAUUCAGAGAUCGAGUCUAAGGUUCGAGAAGCAACGAAUGAUGAUCCUUGGGGACCUUCUGGGCAACUCAUGGGAGAGAUUGCCAAGGCCACAUUUAUGUAUGAACAAUUUCCAGAACUUAUGAACAUGCUUUGGUCACGAAUGUUAAAAGACAACAAAAAAAAUUGGAGAAGAGUGUAUAAGUCAUUGCUGCUCCUAGCUUACCUCAUAAGGAAUGGAUCAGAGCGUGUUGUUACAAGUGCCAGAGAACACAUUUAUGAUUUGCGAUCCCUGGAAAAUUACCACUUUGUAGGUGAGCGUGAAAGAUAUGAUCCUGAGCCCAGAUCAAAAUGGGAUGAGGAGUGGGAUAAAAACAAGAGUGCUUUUCCAUUCAGUGAUAAAUUAGGUGAACUGAGUGAUAAAAUUGGAAGCACAAUUGAUGACACCAUCAGCAAGUUCCGGAGGAAAGAUAGAGAAGACUCUCCAGAAAGAUGCAGCGACAGCGAUGAGGAAAAGAAAGCAAGAAGAGGCAGAUCUCCCAAAGGUGAAUUCAAAGAUGAAGAGGAGACUGUGACGACAAAGCAUAUUCAUAUCACACAGGCCACAGAGACCACCACAACCAGACACAAGCGUACAGCAAAUCCUUCCAAAACCAUUGAUCUUGGAGCAGCAGCACAUUACACAGGGGACAAAGCAAGUCCAGAUCAGAAUCCUUCAACCCAUACACCUCAGUCUUCAGUUAAGACUUCAGUGCCUAGCAGCAAGUCAUCUGGUGACCUUGUUGAUCUGUUUGAUGGCACCAGCCAAUCAACAGGAGGAUCAGCUGAUUUAUUCGGGGGAUUUGCUGACUUUGGCUCAGCUGCUGCAUCAGGCAAUAAUUUCCCUUCCCAAGUAACAGCAACAAGUGGGAAUGGAGACUUUGGUGACUGGAGUGCCUUCAACCAAGCCCCGUCUGGCCCUGUUGCUUCCAGUGGCGAGCUUUUUGGCAGUGCCUCACAGCCAGCUGUAGAACUUGUUAGUGGCUCACAACCAGCUUUAGGCCCAUCUCCAGCUGCCUCAAAUUCUUCAGACCUGUUUGAUCUUAUGGGCUCAUCCCAGGCAACCAUGACAUCUUCCCAGAGUAUGAAUUUCUCUAUGAUGAGCACUAAUGCUGUAGGGCUUGGUUUGCCCCUGUCAAGAUCACAGCCUUUGCAAAAUGUUAGCACAGUGCUGCAGAAGCCUAAUCCUCUCUAUAAUCAGAAUACAGAUAUGGUCCAGAAAUCAGUCAGCAAAACCCUGCCCUCUACUUGGUCCGACCCCAGUGUAAACAUCAGCCUAGACAACUUACUACCUGGUAUGCAACCUUCCAAACCCCAGCAGCCAUCGCUCAAUACGAUGAUUCAGCAACAGAAUAUGCAACAGCCUGUGAAUAUGAUGACUCAAAGUUUCGGUGCCGUGAACCUCAGUUCUCCAUCAAACAUGCUUCCUGUCCGGCCCCAAACUAACACUUUGAUGGGGGGACCUAUGCCUAUGAGCAUGCCCAGUGUGAUGACUGGCACCAUGGGAAUGGCCCCUCUUGGAAAUACUCCGAUGAUGAACCAGAGCAUGAUGGGCAUGAACAUGAACAUAGGGAUGUCAGCUGCUGGGAUGGGCUUAACAGGCACGAUGGGAAUGGGCAUGCCCAACAUAGCCAUGACUUCUGGAACUGUGCAACCCAAGCAAGAUGCCUUUGCAAAUUUCGCCAACUUUAGCAAAUAAGAGAUUGUAAAGAAGCAGAUUGAAUGAAGAAUUUUUAGCUGUGCAGAUAGGUGAUGUUGGGAUGGAAAAUGCUAAUCAGCUCCCCUUUAUCAAUUAAUUAAAAUAAACCUCCAUAAAGAACCAAAAAGGCUGUUUUAUAAAAGUGAAAUAUCUAGUAUUUUAGAAGGCCAGGCAAGAGCGCUUCAGAUGAGGCAGUCAGAAUCAUUUUUUCCAGUGAGAAUAAACCACAAUGGGGUGGUGAGACCACUGAAAGCCUUUAUAAAUUGAAGAACCCAUUUAAUAUCAUAAUUUGUGGGAAAACUGAAAUAGGGCUGAAUAAAUGUGUUUGAAUCUCUAAUUUUAUACUUUCUUUUCCUGAGGAACUUGAUUUUUCUGUCCCUGAAUCGCCUUGUCAUAAUUGGGUCUGUUCCUUUUACUACCACUCUGAGUCCAUAUAUGAAAUCAUUAAAGUUGGAUGAUCAGUUUUUUAUAAAAAUAUAUAUUUUUGUCCAAAAAUGGCAUACAUAUGUGAUUAUGGCUAAAUCAAAGGUAACUGGAAUGUAUAUAUACUUUUGCUAAUGUUCCAGCAACACUGCUAUUAUACUAUCCAAAUUUUUAUUGUAACAAUUGGUGAUAGCUAUGGGACUUUCCCCAUGUCUUCUGCUAUAAUUAUCCUGUGCAAAACUAGGAAAAAAUAUUUUUUUCAGGACUGCUCUAUGGUUUCCUUUAAAAGAAAAAAAACCUCCAGUAUUUUUGUUUGUUUUCAGCAGUCAUCAUUUACAGUUUGCAGUGAUUAACUUGGCAAGGCUUUCCUUCCGUGUUUAUCCCUGUAGCCAUCAUUUAAGUCAGGAACAGUCAAAAAAGAAAAAUAUUUAUUUUAUUAUUAUUUCUUUUUUUGGUGUCUGAAAAGGUAAAAAUCCAUUAAAACCUUAAGUUAAAUAUAAAUGCUAGAACUCAGUGUUCACUUUUAGAUUUUAUACAGUAUUUGUUUUGUUUUGGUUUUGAGUGUAUAUAAUGUGGCAUUAGCAACAUGGUUCCAAUAGAGAGGAGUUAAAUAUAUAUUAUUAAAGGAGACCUGUAGCAGUCAAAGAUUUUAUUGAUUUAAUGACAAAUAAAGGAAAUUAAUUAAAAUGUUUUCGUUUUUCUGCUGUAAUUCUGCAUUAAGCUCACAUGAAAAUCAUGAUUCUAGAGUUUGGAAUGCAAAAUUGUCUCACCCUCAAGCUGGGAAUAUUUUUCAAAAUAAAUAUUAUAAUAUAGAUAUCAAAUUAUCACCUCCCCACUUUAUGUUGAAAAUUUUUUUAUUAAAUUGAUAAAACUUUGUUUCCAUUGUAUUCAUAAUGUUCUGUUAUACAUAACAUUAAAAUGUUCAUUAAAAUGAAUGUUGAGCUGC